AUGUCAAAACCAUCUCUUUUCAUCUAUGUAACAGGCUCUGGUCGAGCCAAAGAUAUACCCGAGCUUGUUCGAGAAACUGUCGCUGCUGGAUGGGAUACAUAUACAGUUUUGACAACUAAUGUCAGUUCUGUCUUACCUCCCAAUGAAAUUCAUGAUGUACCUGGUAGUCGUGCUAUUCACGGAUACGAUGAUUCGGUAUUGAAAAAGUUUCCAUUUGGCACAAUGCUGGUGGCUCCUUGUACAUUUAAUACGUUUAAUAAAUUAGCGUCGGGCUUAGCCGAUGGUCUUGCAACGGCAAUGAUCGCGGAUGCAUUGGGUGCUGGUUGCCCGAUAUUUAUUGCACCGGCAAUGAAUCAGAACUUGUGGAAGCAUCCUCAAACUCGAAUUUCGGAAGCGAAGUUGAAAGAAUGGGGAUGCACUGUCAUUCCACCGUAUAUUGAUGAAGAAGUCGUUACUAUGGCACCAGUCAAAGAUAUCUUACAAGUUCUACAUCAUCAUUUUCAAUAG